AUGUGCAAGAAAAGCAUAAAUAUUAUACAAAAUGGUGUUAAAAAACCCAAUCACAAUAGAAAAAAAUCCUCUUACGAGCAGCAGCUUCAUUUUUUUUCUUCCUGCUUUCGCAGAGUGGAUUCAGCAGAUCAAAAGCUUAAAAGACAUAGAAUCCAUUUCAGCUACACCUAUGUUCACUUCAACAAUCAGAUGACAGUUCCCACACACCCCACUUCCCCUCACAACAAUCAUCUUGGUUUCAUAUUGGCUACGACAGCUAGCAACCAACAGUAUGAAAGCCGAGGCACAAGCAGAUACAGUGAUACCUUGGGUUAA